ACGACAGACCGCUUGUCGUACCUACGGAACUCUGGAAAAAAAUACUGUGACCUAUAGUGGCUGUGACGUGAUAGUGAUAUCGCAUGCGUUCGGAAUUGACCCCCUGGUGUGACCGAUUUAUGUGACUUGUGAAGUGAUUGUGGGAGCCGAUUUUUGGGUGUAUCACUGAAACGUUCGAUGUAACCUCAGGGCGCUACCACACAAAAAUUUAAGAACAAUGUUCUUAAAGGGCUCAACCGCCAAAAUAGAGACGAUGGGAACGAAAAACCGACUCGAGUGAUUUGCGGGCGAAUAGAAAAAAAAAUGUCGGUACAAGCGAGCGUGGGUUAAAAGAAAAAACAUGGCCAGCAAGGGUGUCGGUGAGGUGAUCGGCUUUUUCCUGGCUGUGGCGUUUUGCAUUACGUGCCCCGAAUAUGUAUCAUCAGCGCAACGCGAACUCGGCAAGGGUAUGCCGUCGAAUACCUCGGCGACUUCACCACCAGCGGCGGAGAACGUGAUUCGGCCAGGGGUGGCGAUCGACGUCCCCCGCCCCACCCCUCGCACUGGACCCUACUUCGACUUGGCGGCCUCCAAGAAUGUCACCGCGCUGCUUGGCAAGACCGCCUACUUGAAUUGCCGAGUCAAAAACUUAGGAAAUAAAACGUUAAAUAUGCAAGUAUCAUGGGUGCGGCACAGAGACAUCCAUUUGCUAACUGUGGGGCGGUACACCUACACCAGCGACCAGCGGUUUCGAGCCAUACACCUUCCUCAUUCAGAAGACUGGACUUUACAGAUAAAAUAUCCCCAGCACAGAGAUUCUGGUAUCUACGAGUGCCAGAUAUCAACGACCCCACAUAUGAGCCAUUUUAUACAUUUAAACGUCGUUGAACCAACGACAGAAAUAAUAGGAGGUCCGGAUCUGUACAUCGACCGGGGUAGCACCAUCAACCUGACAUGCGUAGUGCUGUACUCGCCUGAACCACCGGCGUACAUAUUUUGGAAUCAUAAUGAUGCGAUAAUAAGUUACGACUCGCCAAGGGGUGGCGUGUCAGUGGUGACUGAAAAGGGGGAAACUACCACAUCCUUCCUCCUCAUUCAGCAAGCAAGACCAUCUGACUCAGGGACUUACCAGUGUAACCCGAGCAACGCUCAGUCCAAAAGCAUCGUGGUACAUGUGCUUAAUGAAGCAAAUUCCAUUUUUCCUUUGUCAGGUGAAUAUCCGGCCGCGAUGCAGAGAGGGGGGCAAGCCUUCGCCCCCACAGCCAUCCACCGCGUGGUCCUCGCCGCCAGUCUGUUCCUGGCCUUAUCUUGACACCUCCAAACAGGUUUAUCCAUGUAAAUAGUAUCCCAGACUAUUUCGCUGUUUAUAAUGAUGCUUGUGAUAUUAUAGCAGAUCAGAUUUAAUCAUUAUUUUAUAUUACAUACCCAGUAAGAAUUUUAAUGGUUUUUAAAUGACAUACUACACCUAAUAGUACCUAUUAAAAUUAUAUUUGAAUACUUUAAAAUAGCUGUUUUGGUUACUCAAACUAAUUUUGAAGUUCGAAGGCAUACACGAAACAAAAACUACAGUAUGGUCUGUUCAAACCUUAUUAAAAUCAAUUUCACUAAUUAAAUUACUAGCAAUGUAUUUAACAUGCGUUUCAUAUUAAUUUGAUAAAAUUUCAAUCCCUUUUCGAAUUCUAAAGAGAGUUAAUGUGUAUUAAAUUCUCUCUGCAAUUUAAUGUUUCAUUAAAAUCAAUACGAACUAAUUAAUAGUUAACGUGAGCUCUAUACCAAAUGGAACGUAUUAGGCUUCAGAUAAUCAUUUAUAACCCAAUAAACGAUUUCUUGACAACCUAAUAUGAGACGUAAAAGAUGUACUAUUAAGCCUAAAUUCGUUUGACGCUGAUAUCUUUCGAGUAUGAGUACAUAUUAUAAUGUGCUGUUAAGGUAGACUUUGGGUGACGCGACAUACGGUUCUUGCUUAUAUGGGGAGCAUUUGAGGUGCGCAACCACGAAGCCACGGUAAUAUUAUGUAUAAUAUUACCGUGACGAAGCAUGAUACUUAGCAUACAUCACACGACACUUAGCGUAGGUAUCUUACGCGUAUCGCGGUCGCGUACUCAAAGUCAAUCUUACACCCCCUUACGCCAUUCAAAAAGUACCCAGGACCGAUAUCACGAUAGCCUUCAAGCCUUAAAGCGCCG